CACAUCAGCAGCUCAAACCCCUCCCUGCCGGGCUUCCCUUCCUGCAGCCCUUCCCUUCGCUGCUCAUUCCGAGCGGAUCAUGCUCCCCAUCACAUGCUCUCCUCUCCCUCCCCUCUCCCUUAGCGCUUUCCAAAGCCUUAUCCCACCGGGAAUGCAGACGCCGGACAGACAGAAGUAGCCCUGCGGCGGCGGAGGGUGAGGGUUUGUAGCCCAUGUGGCAGCUCUGAGAGAGCGAGAGAAAUCAGGGUCACCCAGGGCUAGGGAAACCAGGGAUACCCAGGGACAGGGCGUGUGCAUCCAAACCUCCAGUGCCACAUCAAUGUUUUCUAACGCCAGGCAGAGGGAAGAACGAAGGGGAGAUCCCAAGGACCAGAAGACGACCCCAGCUCUCUGGUGAUGGCAUGGACCGGGCACUUCUCCAGCAGCUUCUUUACCUACCUCUCAGUCCUGUCACCAUCCAGCAUCCCCGAAGCACCACGGCACAAGGCUGAUGCGGAGCUGCUCUUAGCAACCCAGCCAUGGCCGGAGAUUCUCGGAUCUUCAUGAACCAGGACAUGGACAUUGGUGUUGCAUCCAGAGAGCCUAAGAAGAUACCCAAGCAGGCUCGGGAUGAUGUCCCCAUCGCCACUGACAGAACCAGGCUCAUCUCCGCAGAGGGGAAGAAGCCACGGCAGCGCUACAUGGAGAAAAGCGGCAAAUGCAACGUCCACCACGGCAACGUCCAGGAAACCUACCGGUACCUUAGCGACCUCUUCACCACGCUGGUGGACCUCAAGUGGCGUUUCAACCUCCUUGUCUUCACUAUGGUCUACACCAUCACCUGGUUGUUUUUUGGGUUCAUCUGGUGGCUCAUUGCCUACAUCCGGGGAGACCUGGACCACCUGGAAGAUGAGAACUGGAUCCCCUGCGUCGAAAACCUCAGUGGAUUUGUUUCUGCCUUUCUGUUUUCUAUCGAGACCGAGACGACCAUCGGGUACGGCUACAGGGUCAUAACGGAGAAGUGCCCGGAGGGCAUCGUGCUGCUCCUGAUCCAGGCUAUCCUGGGCUCCAUUGUCAACGCAUUCAUGGUGGGAUGCAUGUUUGUCAAGAUCAGCCAACCAAAGAAGAGGGCUGAAACCCUCAUGUUUUCCAACAACGCCGUGAUCUCCAUGAGGGAUGAGAAGCUCUGCCUCAUGUUCCGGGUGGGAGACCUCCGCAAUUCCCACAUUGUCGAGGCUUCCAUUAGAGCCAAACUGAUUAAAUCCAAACAGACCAAAGAAGGAGAGUUUAUCCCCUUGAACCAGACGGAUAUCAACGUGGGAUUUGACACUGGAGACGACAGGUUGUUCCUGGUGUCGCCUCUCAUCAUCUCGCACGAAAUCAACGAGAAGAGCCCCUUCUGGGAGAUGUCCCGCACCCAGCUGGAGAAAGAGGAGUUUGAAAUCGUGGUCAUCCUGGAAGGAAUGGUGGAAGCAACAGGGAUGACUUGCCAGGCUCGCAGCUCCUACAUGGACACCGAGGUGCUGUGGGGACAUCGCUUCACUCCCGUCCUCACCCUGGAGAAGGAUUUCUAUGAGGUUGACUACAACAGCUUCCACAGCACCUACGAGACCAACACCCCGGUGUGCUGCGCCAAGGAGCUGGCCGAGUCCCGCCGGGAGGGACAGCUCCUCGGCCACCUCUCCAGUGCCACCCUCCUGAGCGGAGGCAGAGAAGCAGAGCCAGCGAAAGAGGAGGAAGAAGAAGAGGAAGAAGAGGAAGAGGAGGAGGAAGACAAGGAGCCAGCAGGACUGAAUGGAGCCAAUGGGACAGCAGGAGAGGUGAAAGAAGAUAUACCUGUCUAAGAGAUGAACUGCUGGAUGGAUACCCACCUGCACUGGGAGACUGUGGCCUGGCAAGCUGGGCCCUGACUGGGAGCCAGAGAGCUGAGAUUGAUGUCCAGAUCUCUGCUGCCUGCUGCUUGACCCUGGCGAGCCACUGCAGAGCACUGUGCCUCAGUUUCCCUCCCCUUUCUCUCUGUACAGUGAGGUUCUGAGCUUUGCACUCGUUUGUGAAGCAUCUGGAUCUCCAUGGACAAGGUUCACCAAACACCAUCACUGUUCAAAGUUGAAAUUCCCACCACGGGUUGUUGCAAAAGAUGUUCAUUGGGUGUCCAGAACUCUUCUCCCUUGAGAAAGGGUAUUUACAAAGUCCAGAAUGUCCCAUAUCAGUAUGAAGAAUGUGGUUUCAUACCUUCACUUUCUUUGUGAGUCAAUGUAUUGUAGACCUUGUUACUGCUAAAUUAAAAGAAGAGGAA